AUGGAGACAUGUUUAUCCGAUGACGCUUGCUAUGAGUCGGAUGCCAGUACUACGCGAGAUAACAAAUACACAUCCGGCAUAUCAAAUCCUUCUACAACGAAAUACCGAACUAUCAAGGUAUUCAGCUGUUUGAAACUAAUUCACCUUAUCAAACGGCUUCUUAUAGAGAACACUACCUGGUCGCACAAUGAAGCUCUCAAUAUCGCAAUCACGCUACUACGUAGCAUACCACCAAGUGGAUACUUGGCAGAGGACCUUUUCCUGGUAUUCGUUUGGUUUCUCCAAAGGGACUAUAAGCUCAAAGGCGUGGGCGAUGCCGCAGCUGUAUCUUCUCAUGAAAAACAAUUCUUAAAGUUUCUCUCAAUCACAGGGUCGACGUCAGCAUUUUUAAGACCAUUGGUUAUGAUGCACGGUGUCAGAAUACUUGCUGCCAAUGGCCGUAUAUACGACAUGAAGUGUCUAAUACAAAGGAACUGUAAGGAGUGGAACAUGGAAAAGCAUCCACUAGCUCAAUACUACAAGUGGAUCGUUAAACACGUGGAUAUCCUCUGUAACAGCGACCUUAGAUGCUCAUCAGAUUACAAGAUCGAACUGGAACACAUAUUAAAGACAUGCGCAGACCUAAGGAUGCUGCCAAAUGGAUCGUUAUUCAGAUUAUUCAUAGAGGCAAAUAAAGGAAACCCAGAUAAGAUCCUGCAGAUGUUAAAUGUUUUCAUCGCUAUUUUCCCUCAAGUACACUUUCUGAGGAAAUACCGAGCCGAGCAUUGCGUCACCGCAAACCACGCAGAGGACGUCAUACUACGAUGUGUCUAUUCAUCGGGGUUCGACCGGUUAUCUAUUGCAUUCGCAAUGGAGCGCAAAAAGCUUUUCGAACUGAAGGAAUUUAUACUGAUGCUAUUCCAGACUACGAUAGCUCAACCGAACAACAAAACUAAUUGGGAACGGCUGCUAUAUCACUUGCUUACGGAAGCGGAACUCGAGGAUGUAGUAAAAGUCUUAGAAGAUCUUUUCAAAAAUGAACUCCGUAGAGCAAAAAGUCUAUUCACGAAAGAAGGAACUUGGGCACUCUUCAUUAGGGAGAAGUUAGUGAGGUAUUACUUGGCAACAGCGAGAAUUGUCUUAUUCAAAGAACUAGAGACAUAUCGACAACUCUACAGAGCUGUUAAAGGACUGACUGGUGUCUCCCUCAAACGGAAACACAUGGAGGCCGACAACCCCGUGUGGCAACAUUUUAAGAAGAUACCACAGUGGAAGCUGCCUAGCACCUGGGACCAACCGGUGAAUAUGUAG